GAUCUCUUUCGUUAGAUCAAUAUCUUUAAAAGAUUUAUCUAUUAAUGUGUAUCAUCAAUUAAGUACAUGUAUGGAUUUCUAACCGUUGCAUUCUUAAGCAGCUUAAAGCGUAAGCGUAAAUAUCAUUGUCUUCAACUUUUGACAAACAUACAAACAUGUAUGUGACAUAAUGUUGAUUAAUCGCGCGAAAAAUACAUAUAUAUAUAUUUGUUAAUCAUCUUUUGUUUGCAAUUUGUCUGCAAAUUGCAAUAGAUAUGAGUCAUGCUUUGCAUAUACAAUAGAAAUCCUCAAUGCAUAUAAAAGUGAUACGAAAUGACAAUAUCUGUUAUUAAAAGAUUAUAGAUUACAAAUGUUACAUUUAUACUUUUUUAUAUUGAUAAAAAUCAGGUAAAAAUAUAUAUUUCGAUAUGUGGAAACCGUUUGAAGCUGGUAGUUCACCAAUUGAUUGGUGUGAACGCAAUUAUAGUAUUUCUUCUAGUAUUGCAGAAUUUAUGAAUACGCUAAGUAAUGUAGUAUUUUUGUUACUUCCACCUGUUCUAAUGCAUCUCUUUAGAGAUUAUGGUCGAUUCGUAAAUCCUGGAAUUCAUAUAAUUUGGUUCUUACUAAUGAUAGUAGGUCUUAGUAGUGCAUAUUUUCAUGCUACAUUAUCCCUUAUAGGACAAUUGCUAGAUGAAUUAGCAAUUUUAUGGGUAUAUAUGGCUGGUUUUUGUAUGUUUCUUCCACGAAGGUAUUUUCCAAAUAUUUUACAUAAUGAUAGAAAACUUCUUGCCAUAUGUGCAACUUUACCAACUCUAAUUGCAACUGGCUUGUCAUUUAUACAUCCCGCAAUAAAUGCAUUUGCUUUAAUGAGUCUUGGUAUACCUGCAUUUGGAUUUAUGAUCAUUGAAUUAAAAAGGACAAAAUCAAUGAGGGUUUAUAGAUUGGGUUUACGAUGUGGUGCUGUAUGGUUAUUAGCAGUUGCUUGUUGGCUGAAUGAUCGUUUAUUUUGUGAUACUUGGCUGAACCUGAAUUUCCCUUAUUUACAUGCACUUUGGCAUUUAUUUAUUUUUAUUGCGAGUUACACGGCAGCUGUACUUUUUGCAUAUUUCUCUGUAAAAGAGGAAAAGCCACAGCAAUCACCAGUACUAAAGUAUUGGCCAAAGAAUGAUUUUGAACUUGGUAUACCAUAUGUAACUAUUAGAAGUUAUGUUAAACUUGAUAUAAAUACAAAUAUAUAAUUAUCAACAUCAAUAUUAUGAAGGCUGUUUUGUAUUUAAAAAAUAAUGAUUAGUGAUUUAAAACGUAAUAUACUAUUUACUUUAUUUAUUUAAAGAAUUUAACUUUGUACCAGUGUUUUUACAAAGAAGAAAUAUACACAUUUUAUAUUUAUCUAUCUUAAUUCAAAGAUAGAUUUAUUCAUUUUUUAAAUUUGUGAUAUUAUUCUAGUUAUUACUUAUUGUACAAAUAUAUGUGAUUAAUAAAUUAGUAAGAUCUGUAAAAAUGCAAUAUUAAGAUAGUGUACGAGAUAUUUAUUCUCUUGAAGUAUGAAUUAAUAUUGUAAUAUAUUUGUGUAAGAAAAGAGAAAUAAAGGUAACAUCGAGUUAGUGUUCUUCUUUUUAUAA